AUGUCUUUGAAUACUGUCACGUCACUCUAUCGACGUUCAUUGAAACUCGCUCUGGAUUGGGCUGUCCACAGGCAGGUGUGGAGAGGACAAGCUGUCUAUAUUCGAUCGCUUUUCGACGCAAACAAGGAUGUCCGCGAUCCUCGGCAACAGAAGGUCCUUCUACGAGAGACAGAGAAGCUAUUAGAAACAUGGAAACACCCGGAUCCUUACCGCGCGCCUACAGCCCCAGGUGGCAGCAAGUAUGAGAGGAACCUACCUGCUCGCCAACUACCUUACGCAUCUGGGGGUGCUGAUGGCCAUUAA